AUGAACUUUUCUAACAAUAGCACAUUUAAUAUACCUGUAGACUCUAACUCCGACACGCUUAUGGUUGCUGAUGAGGAUGAAACACCAGAAGAAACAAAUAAGAGUUCCAAUACUCAAAUGGAGGCAAUUGUGAACGCAGAACAAGACCGAGAUGAAGAUUUGUCACGGACUAAUAACAAAGAUAAUUUUAGUAUAUUAGAAAUGCCAAAAAAUGACCCGGAAGGUUUUGAGAAACAAUUAAACAUAUCAAGUCCUCUGUUAGACGAGAUGAUAGAUUCAGAAUCUGAUAGGGAAGAAACCUUAACAGACAUACUGUUUAGAUCUGGGUCGUCAGAGUUUACGCAAGAUAUGCCCAAAUUUGAAUUUCUGAUAGCUGCCAAAAUAAAUAGUAUUGAUAAUAACGGAACCAAAGAUAUAGGUAUUAGUGAUAAUAGUUUGAACAAAGUAGAACGUAACAGUAGCGAUGUAUUGCGAAAAGUUGAUUAUGUGGAGCUCGUAGAAGUAAUCAAACCGUCUAAUAUAAAUGAAAAUAAAAGCGCAUACAGUUUGACGAAUAUAACAGCGCAUAAUGUGGAUAACGAUGCCGCGCCGGACACAAUUGUGUCCAUGUUUUCAGGUUUCUCGGACGUGCAGACGUUGUUCCUCGCCUGUUUCGCCACACUGCUGCCGUUGUUGACUGUGCUCUUCGCCACGCUUCUUGUUAGAUGUAUGCUCCGGCGAUGGUGUCCCUCUUGGUGCAAGAAACCCUCAGUUUCCUCAGCAUCAGAGAGUAGCGACAAACCAGAAAAUAAUCAUGAACAGCUCAAAUCUCCAGAUGAGGGCGCGACAGACGGCGACACACCACCAGCCAACGGCUCUAUUUUCACGAUGACAUUGAAAAAUAAUCAUCUCAUUGUGGAAACAGAAGAAAGAAAUGACAUAACAAAAAACGGUCGGGAAACAAAAAUGAAAUAUUCACCAGACAAUGACGGUAUAUUUGUUGUAGAAGUGCAACAAUCAACAGCGUACAGAUCAAACAAAACACUGCCGAGUUCUCCACUCCAUGACCCUCAGAUAUCUACUAACCAAGCUCUGAUCCACAGGGUGCCAGAAGAUUUAGAAAGAAAAAUCAUCAUAGAAGAAGACAGUGAACGAAGUAGUGGCAAAUUUGAGAGACAGGCACUUGCAUUAUCUAGUACUGGCCUAUCUAUUUCAGAUCUAAGUAUGUCUUCGAUUGGAUCUCAUAACGUGAGUUACUCCUAUAGCAGCCAAAUGGGAUACGACCAAGGUCCUUUCGGAUAUCCAAUUUAUACAGGUUAUGACACCUCUAAAGACGAAGUUGUAGAUACAAUAAUACAUGAUAAUUCCCAAGAACCUCUCAUUGGCAAAACUCCAACUGAUCCUGACAAGCCAGUAGUAACUGCUGCCAUCUUUAAGCAAGAUUCUAUUAUAGGUAAUGAUGUUUUACAAGGACCAUAUUGUAUCGAGGGUUCUACUGAUGGCCCCUUAUUAUCAGAUGUCCAAGCGCGAGAGUUUAGCUUGCAAAAGUUACACGAUCAAAGGGAAAAGAAAAUAGAAAACGGGGUGGCUGUUCCUAUAUCGGAUAAAGUCCAAGUUAAACAUAUAAGCAGAGCUGAUAGUGUACCAGUGAAACAAGACGACGUCGAUGUUAAGAUCAUGGAAACUAUUACCGAAGAUCAUCCAAAAGAUAUGAAAGGGAAGAGAGCCUCGUUACCGGUUAUAACAACAGAUAUGUAUGAGUCUGUGAAGGAUGCCAUACACACUGGAUCACCUAAAUUUGAAAAAUUUAAUAACGAAAUAUCUCCUGGAGAAAGUUACGAUAGUCCCCCGAUGAUAACGAUAACUGAAGAGAGUGAAUCGGGGAAGUCUGAUAGCACAAGU